AUGCCACCCUUUCUCCCUCGCAAGCGCGUAUCCUCCGAGGACCCGCCCCCGGCCAAACGCCAGGCCCGGCCCGAUAAUGCUCAAGCUCCUCCCCAAGCUCCGUUCCACCUCUCCGACUCCGACUCCGAUUCCAACUCAUCUUUGAGCGACGCACCCGAUGGUCUCCUCAACAAGGACAAUGCCCCUCAUGAAUCUGAGGAAUCCGAAGAUGAAGAAGAGGAUAUUGAUUGGGAGGACGCGAUAGACAACACUAGCGCCAAUACACCUACUGUCGCAGCCCCGGAGCUACAGGACCUGGAAUUGACCCUAGAUCAAAAUGAGACACACGUGGCCGAUCUCCUGGAUGGUAAGAAGGGACCUAGUAAGAUCGAACGCCAAAUCCGGAUCCAGACACACUGUAUGCAUGUCCAAUGCUUGCUUUUCCACAACGCUAUCCGCAAUGCCUGGAGCAACGACCCCAAAGUUCACGAGAUACUGCGCAAAAAGCUACCGGAAGGGAUCCACAAGGAAGUCAAGAAAUGGCGCAUAGCAUCGGGCCUAGAACUACCAGAGCCAAAACCUGAACCGCCCAAGAGUAAGAAGAAAGGCAAAAAGACCCAGAAGAAUAAAGACUGGAGUGAAGAGUCCGAGCGCCUGGAACCAGGCCAGCCGGAUAUGAGCCGUGGUGAUCCAAUCAUUAUCUUGAUCAAGGUGCUGGUCGCAUACUGGAGGAAGCAGUUUCGCAUCACAGCGCCAGGACUGCGAAAGUAUGGAUACCGACCAGUAUCUGCUCUUGAGACUGCAAUCACCGACUUUCGCGAAGAAGAACAUGACCCAGAGCGGCAUGGUGAGCGUAUCGCCAACCUCGACGAAUUUCGCGCGAUCGCCGAGCGUAUGCAGGGCUCGCGGGAUGUUGGCGCGCAGCUGUUCACGGCUCUCGUCCGUGCUCUAGGCAUUGAGGCCAGACUCGUGGCUAGUCUACAGCCACUGGGUUUUGGUUGGACCAAGGGAGAAACCUACACCCCUCUCACACCUUCCAAGGCAGAUAAGGACCCCGAUAAUGAAGGGCAGUCGGAAGCAUCCGAGCCUGAGACUGACGCAGCUGAAAAUAAACUACCAGCGAAGAACAAGCGCAAACAGUUUGACGAGGAUCUACCAUUUCCUAUUUACUGGACCGAAGUUGCCUCACCCAUCACGAAUGAGAUCAUAUCUGUCGAUCCGCUUGUACUUUCCAACCCCGUGGCACCAUUUGCAGAUACAGACCUACAAGCAAACUUCGAGCCACGCGGUGCAAAAGCAGACCGGGCCAAACAAGUCAUAUGCUACGUUGUCGCCCACUCGUCGGAUGGCACUGCCAAAGAGGUCACAACAAGAUACCUUCGACGGCGGACCUGGCCGGGGAAAACGAAGGGCUUCCGAAUGCCUUUGGAAAAAGUACCCGUAGGUCCACGCGGACACUACAUCGCCUUCGACUGGUUCGGGAUGGUAAUGCGCGGGUACCAACGAGCCCGAAAGAGCAAAACAGCAGUCGACAAACUCGAAGAAUCUCGAGAUCUACAACCUAACCAACCCGAAAAGAAGAAAACAACGCAAACCGCCGAUACUCUGCAAAGCCUCCGAACUUCCACCGAGUUCGUCCUAGAACGCUUUCUCCGCCGUGAAGAAGCCCUCCGCCCCGGCGCGGAACCAGUCAGAACCUUCAUCGCCGGAAAAGGCGCCCGCGCCAAAGAAGAACCCGUCUUCCGACGAGCUGACGUGCUAAAAUGCCUUUCCGCGGAAAGUUGGCACAAAGAAGGCCGCCAGACAAAACCAGGCGCGGUAGCUCUCAAGCGUGUGCCCAUCCGCGCUGUGACGCUCAUACGCAAACGCGAAGUCGACGAACUGCACCGCCAGACCGGCGAGAAGCCCCUGCAGGGUCUAUACGCGCGCGACCAGACAGAGUACAUCAUCCCGCCACCUAUUCAGGACGGCCGCAUCCCCAAGAACGAAUAUGGUAAUAUCGACUGUUUCGUGCCGAGUAUGGUUCCCGCAGGUGCGGCACAUGUCCCCUUGCCUGGUACCGUGCGGGUAUGUAAGAAGCUCGGCAUUGACUAUGCGGAGGCGGUGACGGGAUUCGAGUUUGGAUCGAAGAUGGCUGUGCCGGUUAUCCAGGGUGUUGUUGUUGCAGCCGAGAAUGAGGAUUUACUUCGGGAUGCUUGGAAGGUUGAGGCCGCGGAGAAGAGGAAGAAGGAAGAGCUUAAGGCCGAGAAGAAGAUUUUGCAGACGUGGAGGAAGUUUUUGUUUGGAUUACGGAUUAUGGAGCGGGUCAGGGAUGAGUAUGGAGGUGGAGAUCCAGAUGCUGAUCGGGAGCGCGAUUCGCAUAACCCCUUCGCUGCACAGAAGAAGAAACAAGAGGAAUCCGAUGAUGGUGGUGCUGAUGAAGAAAUGCCUGAUCGGGAGUCGUCAUAUAACGCGAUUGAUCAUGGCGGUGGCUUUCUUCUUCCUGGUCAUGAAGAUGAUGCGGACGAUGGGUUGAUUGUGGAGCACCAUCAGCAGCAACGGACUCACGCAGGUCCGUCUCAUACUGAUGUCGAUGAUCCUGAUGACAAUGAGCCAUUCGAAUCUGGAUCUCCUGCUGCAAACUCCCCGCCUGUGUCUAUCUCUUCGGAUUCAGAUAACGAAGUGGAUAAUGGCAAGAGUGAAGACUCAGAACCUGAAUACGCACCUCGCCCGACACGCCGAACGCGAGGCCGAGGCCGUUAA